CAUGGUAGAAGCAUUGAAUCAAACCAAGCGUGAACAACGCAGGAAGCGUGAAGCCGUACUCCUCGUGACUGAUUGGAGAGUGAACCUAAACUGAAAUGCAGAUCAGAUAUACUGGUGACGGCAUGUAGUUGGUUGUUGUUUCGGAACAAGCAUGGAUCAAGAUACUGCGAAUGCAUUUAAAUCACUGUACGACGAAAUUGAUAGGUUGACGUAUCAUGCUGUAAGUGAUAUAAAUUUCGAAAAGUUCACAAGUGCACCGGAUGUAAAUCCAAGACCGGGAGAAAUUUUACAAAUCUGUGACAUCGAUGAGUUGAUAGAAUAUUCAAAAAAGUUUGUGGAUAAAACAAAAAAUGAACUCCAUACCAAUUCGAAGUGCUAUGAAGAGCAAGCUGUACAAUGUUCAAGAAGCGAUAAGAAACUUAAUAAAAAAAUAAACACUCCACCAAAAUGGAUAAAUAGUAAUCAAAAGCAUUCGACUAGGACCAAUCAAGUGACGGCAAUUCGAAUCGUCAAGAGAAUACCGAAAGUAAAAUCGGCAAGUACUGUACAAGAUGAAGCUCAAUUGAACAACCAGAAACCAGUAAGUCAACCAAAACAAGUGCGAAAUAUUGGAACUAAUAUCAAUUUCAUAAAAUCGAAAUCUAUUAAACAGCAGAACAGUACUUCGCCAACAACGGCCAACCUUCUGCCGGUUAUAAAGAAACCAGUAGCAACUCAGCCUUCGAAACGAAUCUACAGGUUUUACAGUAGUAAGUUGAGCCCUAGCGAGCUUUGGGAGCAACAGCACCCAGAGCUAACAUUUGAAAGCUCCGACAAAAGUUUAUUUCCCAGAAGAAUUAAAAAGUCCGAGAUAAUUGCAACGAGUAGCUUACUUAAGAGCGACCGUAAUGAAAACGUUAAGAUUGUUCAUCCGUCUGAAGGAUUAAAUACGUUCGAGGUGACUGCCGAGUCCGAUCCAAAGCAAGAUUUAGAACAAAACAUAGUGGAAGCCACUGUACCACUUCCGGAACCACCUGUUCCUAAAAUAACGAGACACAUCAUUCCAACGAUAAGCAUUAAAGGAGAUUGGAAAGCUAACCUACGCGUACAGGAAAUCUACAGAAUUGACAUAUUGGAUGAGAAACCAAACGAUUCACGACUCCUUUGUCCAGAUAAUGCAAGAUAUCUAGAAAUUAAAUAUAAUCAACCGGCUAGUGAUAAAUCUACCGAAACAUCCUCAAAGUCUGUAGAACAUUUAGGAACAGUGAACAAUGUAGAUAAACUCGAAUCAGAACAUCCAAUUAUUGCUCCUAUAAAAAGCAAUGGAGCGCAGGACUCUAAUUUUCAAACGAACAAAAACCCCAACAUCAACAAGUAUCUACAACCAUUCAUGAACUGUAACAAGGAAAACACCGGGUCCAAGAAUGACCCUAUAAUUGCUGUGAGCGAUGACGAUUCCAGCUCAGAAGAAAGUAUUCUUUUCCAGCUUGAUUCCAGUGAUAGCAACACCGUCGAUGGUGCCACAAAGUUGGACCUUAAAUUUCGUAAAAACGCUUCAAAUCAAACUAUCAACAUAUCAGAUCAAAUUAUGAACAACAUAUCUACAAUUCCCAUGUUAUUGAGUCCAUCAAAAUCCGUUCAACUACAAGUACCGUCUCCCCCUCCGGUCCACAGUCCGAGUCCGUCCCAUUCGCCAGCAUCAGUUGCAAGUCAUAGAAAAGUCAGUCCGCCCAUGUCACCAUCGGAUACAACUCCACCGACAAAGUUUCUAGAAAAUCUUAGAGUUUGGAAAUCCGCUGUUCAAGCACAAUCGGAAAACAUGAAACUUGGCAAUCAGCUGUCAGAUAAUCUAGACGUUCUGCGUCGGAACAUGGAGAUAAUCGCGGGAGAAACCCAGAACAUCGCCAACAUCUCUCGCAAUUGUGAAAAAAAUCUUCUGCAGAUGGAGGCGAUAAAAGAACAGUAUGCAAGAAACUUCGACAGUACUUCGCCUGCACGAACUACGGAACAUGGCAAUCCGAUGACGCCACUUUCGAGAUAUUCAGAAUGUUUUUGUUUUGGAUGCAAACCAGUAAUUGACACCAUUGACGAAGGUAUGACAGUCGAAUUAGUGAAAGAUCAUAAAAACUUCCAAAAAACAGUACUCGAACGUAGUCCUAAGUAUUCUAAGAUGAUAAAGAAAAUUUAUGAAGAUGGUCAAAAUCAAGCAUUUAAACGAGUCAACCCACCGCCAGAUGAAGCAGUGGAAAGAGCAGCCAGAAAGUUUCUCGAAUCAUGUAAUCGAACGAUUAGCAGAAUAAGUUCCCGAUCGCACUCUUCUGGAUCGGAUAGUUCUUGGGUAGCAUCGUAUCGAUCGAGUACCUCAAACGACCGAGGAAGCACAAGCUCGAGUUGGUUUGAACACGAUCUGAACAGUGCAAAGGAUUCAACGGGCGAAUCGUCGAACUCCGAACGACAACUUGAUCGUUUGAGUAACGGUUCGUCAGCAGGUGAAAUUUCGAGGGUAAAAAUUUCACACUCAAUCAAUAGCUCGGUGUCAGAUGAAGGUGAAGUAUUUAGUUUAGGCGAAAUCAAAUAG